UCUUAGGCGCACGUGCUAGAAUUGGGGUCUAGAGAUACUUUGUUUCGUUGUGAAAGCUAACCGCCUGAAGUACCAGACGUUAGCAACGAAAGUACCAGAUGUAAAAUACGAGAAACACUUGUACUAGAAUACAAUUCUUAAAUGGUGGUUAUUCUCGGUAAAAAGACAUACCAGAUAAAAGAAAAUUGAUUUGUGCUAAAGUGUCAGGUCUUUGACGAGCCCAUGCUCUAAUGUGCUUUCGUUUUCGAGUCUGGAUUACAAAGUGCUCACUCAAUUAUUAGGUUAAAAGAUCACGUUAUCGGAAGUUUAACAUGUCAUCCGAGGAAAUUUAUUUUGCGCAGCACCUGGCAUCUAAUGAUCUCCGAGUGCGCACUAAGGCCCUAAACAGGCUGCGGAAAUGGAUGUUGUUGCGUUCUCAAAAAGAAGAGGCUGAAUUUUCAUUUGACGGAAUGAUGAAACUAUGGAAGGGUUUGUUUUACUGCAUGUGGAUGGCAGAUAAGCCGCUUGUACAACAGGAACUUGCAGAUAACAUUGGAAGUCUGAUACAUGCCUUUGCCAAACCGUCGCAGAGUUACCACUUUAUUGGGACGUUCUUCAAAACGAUGCGGCGAAAUCAUGAUCAUAUCGACAAAUUCCGUAUUGACAAGUUUCUCAUGCUCACCAGACGCUUCUUUAGAGCCUCUUUGCAAUUUUUGAAAGCUCGUGAUUGGGAGUGCAAGCACGUCCAGAAAUAUCUUUCUACACUACGCGAAAGCGUACUUUCUCCGAAACAGGAUUCACGCGAGGCGGCUUUAGGAUUCAGGCUUCAUUUCCUUGAUAUCUUUCUCGAGGAACUAGCGCGAGCCGGCAAUGGACAACUACCCCGAAAACGCGCGCACAAUUUUCUUGAGCCUUUUUACGAAGUAUUGACUUACUGUAAAAGUCCAACGCUAGUUGAGGGGGUGCGCGAUAAGGUGUUUUUAGAGUUGGUAAAAUUACAUGCGGGGGCGCUGCAGGAGGAACCUGAUGAGGAUGAAGAAAUCAAUGGCCGCAACUUCAUCGACGAUGAAGCUGAAGAAUACAAUGGAUUUGUGGAUGAAGAAGACGAGUUGGAAAAUGAGAACGGUGAUAUAGCAGAACAGCAGAUAAAGGAAAUUGAGGCUAAAGGGAAGUCGCGAAAUUUUGGUUGCAGUAGUCAAGCAGAUGGGGAUGACACGGCUGAGAGCGACGAAAUAGAACUGAACCUUUUGCCUGUUGACUUUGAUAUGUCAGCUGUGAAGGCUUCACUUCUCGAGUUUUCACGAGUAGAAGGGAUUAGGGCGAUCAACCGUAAAGCCAUUGAAAGCAUCGUCAAAAAAAUCAUCGAUCUAGAAAAUGGUGUAAACCCUUUCGCUGUGCAGAGCGAAGAUAGUGGAUCGGAUAUUGAACUAACGGAAGAAGAACUGAAAAUGGCAGAAAAGCGCCUCUGUCUUCUUCAAAAACAGUGCGCUGAGGAAGCUGAGAACUGCUUGAUCCCUGAACGCGACCAGCUCAAUGAUAAAGAUGACGAAGAUUUUGAAAUGGAAGGUGGAGAAGAAGACCUUCAAGAAUUUGAGAAGGCUUUUGUCGAUGAUAAUUCUGUACCGGAGAACCGUAAGCCGGCUAAUGGAAAAGCUAGGAAAAAGUCGAAGAAGGUUCGUGUCAGCGCAGGCGAUCAUUUGUUAGACUCUGAUGACGAGCAUAUUAGCGAAAUUGAAAAGGAGAUACAUGACAUGGACUUUCACGAGGCUCAAAAGUCUCGUAAAAGAAAGGUCAGUAAUUUGGAGUCUGAAAUCAAACCUAACAGUAGUAAAUGUCACCGUCGGAAGGCGCGCAAGAAGAACCACACAGCCAAUUUUAAGAACAAAGCAAGUAAUUUAAAGCAGAAGCCCUUUAGCAAGAAACUUCUAAGGUAGAUCCUUCUAGCAUUACCGUUCUCAGAAUUGUAAUUAUUAUUACUGAAUGAUAAUAAUUCAACCGCGAAGUGAACAACAGAUUCAUCUGGAUGUGAGAAAGCUUUUGUUUGUAUAGGGCUACUGCCAUAAUUCAAUUAUAUAUAUAUAUAUAUAUA